AUGACUCUUGCCCAAAUCGACCAACUCCUUGACUGGGCAGCUCAGAACGGAGCAGUAGUCUCCAAAGACCUCAAGUUCAAGGAAAUUUCAACCAACAAUAUCGGUGCCAUUUAUGAAUCCUCGCAACCUUCCAAUGACUACCAAAUCAGUCUUCCCAUCAACUUGGUGUUGACAUUGAAGGAGGCCACCAAGGGCUUGAACAGCGGCUUGACUGAGGGUACCUUUGAAGAAAUCGCUAAUAAAACUUCCAAUAUCAACUCGGUGCUUAAGCUCUACUUGAGCAGAGAAAGAAGCAACAACUACUUGCAAAAGUCUUUCUACCAGCCAUAUCUCCAACUCUUACCCACACUCGAGCAGAUCAACUCGCCAUACACCUGGAGUGCCAGUGACAAAGCUCUUCUCAAAGGAACGAAUUUGGGAGAAUCUUUGAGAGGAAACUUGACUCACAUCAUCGAGGAAUGGUGGCAAUUGAUCAACCUCUUACCAGAAUCCAUUGACAAACCGGCCGAGCAUUUCAUCAACAUGAAGUUUUACUACGAGCACAAAUUCCACACCGAUGAUGAUCUCCACAAAUAUUUCAUCCAGGAUGAAGACAUCAACAACUGGACCAGUUUUCCCAACUACUUGUGGGCAUCGUUGAUCCUAAAGUCCAGAUCGUUCCCAGCAUAUUUGUUGAAGGAAACUACUAAGGUCGAGUACAAGAAAGAUGAGGCCAUGUUGCUCCCCAUUGUCGAUCUUUUGAACCACGAUAGCAAGGCACAGGUGGAGUGGAUCGUCAAGGAUGGCUUUUUCAACUUCAAGUCGAACGACGCCAUUUCCAAGGGAAGCCAAAUUUUUAAUAAUUACGGCAUGAAGGGAAAUGAGGAGUUGUUGUUGGCAUAUGGAUUUUGUACUGAAAACAAUCCUGCUGAUUCUGCAGCAUUGAAAAUCAAGAUUCCCGAGGAAUUGAUCGCCGAAUUGAAGAGUAACGGCAUCAAAUUACCUACCUUGGAGGAUUACACAACUUCUGUGGUCAGAUCUGAGGGCCAAGAGAUCCAGCAAGACUACAAAGAUGGCCUUUUAUUUUUCAUUACCCAGAACAACUUGCCCGAAAACUUGGUUCAAGUGUUCCAAUACUUGAUUAAAAACCCAUGGGAGUCAGGGAUCAGUCUUAGAAUGAAAUUGGCAGGGAUAAACCAGUUGAGAAAGGCAUUGGAAGCCAAAAACAAACUCAUAAAUCCAGCCAGCUCUGGUUCGGCAAACGCCAGAUCUGUCGAAAUCUAUACUCAGUCCCAGAAGCAAAUCUUUCAGUCCACUAUCAAAAAGCUCAAAAGUCAGGAAAAGAAAUUGUUGGCGGAUCCCGAAAACAAGCCCAAAUUUAUCACCUUGAAGAACGUUUACAAGAAGGACCAUAAAUUACUGCAAUCUUUGUUGGUGUCGUUGGGAGCUGUCAGUUACGAGUCCAUACUUGAGAAUGAGCUCCAGGACCAAGUAUGGUUAUUGUACUUGCUCAGAUGCUAUAAUAGAGACGAGUAUCUCACUGGAGAAAUUGACGAGGAUGGUGACGAGGAAAACUACUUGCCUUUAUGGAUCAAGGAGUACUUUGAGAAGGUGGAAAAGAUGGAGGUCUCUGCUGCCGAGUUACUCCAAUACAGACAUUUACACGAGGGGCUCAUCGUUCCAUUGAGCAAAUCUGUUCCUGAGAUCUACAGUAAGGGCAAAUGGGGCGUAAAGGAAUUAGCCCUCAGUGCCAAAUUGUUGGACAACAUCAGUUUUGUAAGAGGCAAGGAACAGGAGUGUAUCUUGGUUGAGCCAGAACAAACCAGUUGA